UUCGUUCCCCAUAGCUCCAGGAAAAACACAUCCACCACGCCUUUUAACAAAGGCGCGAGACAUAGGAAGAACUGUACGUCAUUCGUCUACGUGCAAAGUCACAGACACAGAUCUUCAGGGCAUGUUCAUAACACUGACGAGGCUGUUGACUGACCAAAUAUGUCUAGCAAACGACGUUGCUGCGCAGGAGGCUGUUAGGAAGCUAGCAAAGCUACAAACCGACGUUCUGAAGAUAACAACGGAGGAAAUUAUUAACUUGUUAGAAUCUGCACGAAAUAAUCUAAUGAAAGUAGAACAUAUAACUGAAAAUAUAACUAAAGCUAUGGAUGAGAUGCGUAUUUACAUUGAAAACUAUAGAAAGGUUCUAAAUGCACACACAGACAAAUGCAAGAUGGAACUUGAUUUACACACGGGCAAAUGUAAAAAACAACUGGAUGGACAUCGUCAAAUGUCUGCAGAAACAGACUACGAUGAAUCUUGUAAAGAUUUUCGCAGACGGUUGGUGGCACAUUACGAUGACACUUCUAGCAAUAUUUCUCUUUCGAACUUGGAUCAGAGUCUUGAUAAGCGUAUAGUAGAUAUAUACGCAACGCCGAAUAUACACCGAAUUCAAAUUGAAAAAGAUGGAAAACGCAUAAAACAGGAAGAAGUACUGACAUACACAGAUAUAUUUUACACAGAUGGUGAGCCCAAUCGACGUAUAUACCUACAAGGUGAACCCGGCAGCGGAAAAUCUACAUUUUCAGCUAAGUUAGUCCAUGACUGGUCCCAUGGAAUCCAGCUUACGUCGGCAACCCCCAGUAAAACUACUGCAUUCGAUGACGUUUCAACAAUUCAAAAAUUCAAGUUCCUAUUUUUCAUCACAUUGAGAGAUACGAUAUGUCAGGCAGAUGUUACGCAGAUGAUAAAGACGCAGCUUAUUGAUACAACAUUUUCCGAAGACGAACGCGCCGAUGUUUACAAACUGUUUGUUCGAAUAAUGAACAAUGAACUUUGCCUCGUAGUACGGGAAGGUCUUGACGAAUGGGUGCCUCCUGCGUGUAGCAACUUAGCUGAACCUUCCAUGGCUGGAUUUCAGAACGACAAGUGCACGGUACUAACGACAUCUCGACCAUGGAAACUUGCUGAUGAACGUAUUAAGAAUUCGCAUAUCGAAAUUCUUUUUGAAAUCGAGGGGAUUAGUAAUCCGUAUGCAUUUAGUGAAAAUAUAAUUCGAUGCCUUAUUGACCACUCGAAAGAUCUUAAAGAAACUGCGAUACAAUUUGAGUCGUUCGUGGAAGAUCGUGAUCUCGAAUCAUUAUUUUCUUCACCAAUGUUGUACACGCUUGUCAUAUGUACCUGGGUAAACACAUUUGAGGAGGAUGAGGACGAUGUUUUGGAAGAAUCGUCUUGUGCACUUUACACUACUCUGCUUGAAAGUCUUUGUAAAAAAGCCAACAGUACGACUGGUUAUUUUAACGAUUCAAAACCGCCACCAGUGCACUGUUUUUCUAGCACAAGUUACCUUCAGCCAAACAUUGAACACUUAGAUAAGCUAGCAGAAGUAGCUUGUAAAUUGCUUUUCUCUUCUGAGAGAGAAUCGUCUAUUGUUUUCAGUGAUAUAACAUUAUCCAACUAUUUUUCUCCGGAUGAGUUCGAAGUUCGCAAGAAGUUUGCUCUCAAGGCAGGAGUAUUAACAAACAGGAAACAUAAAACUCGAACAGGAAGAUCCAACUCAUUUGUCCACAAAACUGUGCAGGAAUUUCUCGCAGCAUAUCAUAUCGCUCUCAAUACAUACGUCAUUGAUGACGUCAUAUCAAGAUACCUUAAACUCAAAAAUACAUCAUAUCUCGAAAUAUCGCAAGUUCUCAUAUUUCUGUGUGGAAUGAACAUCUCUGCUGCGAAUAAAUUGUCGGCUCUGAUGAAUCAAUAUGACAUUAAACAUUGCGAUGAAUGUAAGAAUUCUAAAGCACUUGAUGGUCCCUGUUGGUUUCAGCAUAUCAUUGAGUCUGGAAUCAGUGAGGCAGUAGCCAACAAGCAGGAAGGCAUACAGCUGGAACUUAGUCACUUUUAUAUUGAUGAAAGCAACAUAAGAGAAUUACAUGAAAUAUGGCCGACAGACACGUGCAAUGUCGAGGUCUUAUUUGUCAGUCUUACCAUGAAUGACUUUCUGAGUUCACCUGCACUUGGCGAGUCUACAACUCAUUUUGAGUUUAACCUGUCAUCGUGCCAAACUUUGAGGCUAUUGUGUCUUUGGGGCAGCGGCAUAUUGCUGAGAGAUACAGCAAGCUCGGUCAGAUCAGAAUUUCCGGUCUGUAUUGUACUUAACAACGCAGAUCCAGCCCAAGGUGCAGACACUCCCCCAGAACUGCACAGCAUAGAAGAUAUUUCCCUUAAAAGUGUCACAUGUUCCUCAACCUGUCUACGCAGUCUGUUCAGCACGCUGUUGACACACAAUCAGAACGUGGAGUGUGCGCUAGAGUGUGUCAUAACAUCGUGUGUAGAGGGAUCAGAUAUAUGUGCAGAAGCAGUCAUAAAGACGAAUUUCAGCGGUCGAUUUCACAUGCAGUCUAUAAAGAAUGACAGUCCCGGUCUAUGGGAGGCUCUUCAUGGUCUGAAUAUCACCAGUCUUAGCCUGGAUGGCUAUAAAGAUGAUGGAUUUCGUUUGAAUCAUACAGAACUGUUCUGGCAGUUUCUAUCAUCGCUCACACAUCUGGAAAGUCUUAGUCUUAAGGUUUGUGACAUUCCCAGUCUGUGCAAGGCCCUCCAUGGUAUGAAUAUCGAUUAUCUGAGUCUGACAUUGAGUGAUAAGUUUCAAGAUUUGGAAGAGAACGAUUUAGAUUUAUUGUCGAAGUCUCUAUUGUCGCUUAUACGGAUGGAAACGCUUAAAAUUAAAGUGCCUGGAGACUCUCCCGGUCUGUGGGAGGCUCUUCGUGGUCUGAAUAUCACGAGUCUCAGUCUGAGUAGUUGUUGGCGGAAUGACGGUUUGAGCGUGAAUCAUGUAGAGUCGUUGUCGGAGUGUUUAACAUCUCUAAAACAUCUGAAAGAACUUAGUAUUUAUGUGGGUGGAGAUAAUCCCUUACUGUGGGAAGCUCUCCGUGGUCUGAAUAUCAAGAGUCUGAGUCUGAAAUAUACCAGCGGAGGUUUGACAGUGGUUCAUGGAGAGUCUUUAGCGCAGUCUCUAUCAUCUCUCACACGGCUAAAAUCGCUCAGUAUUUGUGUGUGUGAAGACGACUGCGGUCUGUGGAAGGCUUUCCGUUUUUUGAAUAUCACGAAUCUGAGUCUUGAUAUUACGAGAGGUGGUUUGAGAGUGAAUCAUGUAGAGACGUCGUCGAAGUCUCUAUCAUCACUUGCAAAGCUGGAAACGCUUUGUAUACAUGUUUCAAGAAAGAGUCCCGGUCUGUUUGAGGCCCUCUGUGGUCUUAAUAUCAAGAGUUUGGGUCUGUUUCUAAGCGACUGGGAAAUUGGUUCGAUAGUGAAUCAUGCAGAGUCGUCGUCACAGUAUAUAUUAUCGCUCAACCUGCUGGAAACGCUGAGUAUUGGUGUAGAUUAUGACAUACCAAAUCUUUGGAAUGCUCUCCAUGGUCUGAAUAUCAAAAGUUUGAGUCUGACGCUAACGGACUGUGCACGUGGUGUGAGAGUGAAUAAUGCAGAGUCGUCUUCGCAUAAUCUAGUAUCACUCAACCAGCUGGAAACGCUGAGUAUUGAUGUGGAUUAUGACAUUCCAAAUCUUUGGAAUGCUCUCCAUGGUCUGAAUAUCACGUCUUUGUGUCUGAAAGUUAGGCGGAAUGGUUGGAAUCAUAUAGAGUCGAUAUCGCAGGCUCUAGUGUCGUUCACACAGCUGGAAACACUCAGUUUGUUUUGGGACGAUUCCGUUCGGUGGGAAGUUCUCCGUGGACUGAAUAUAAAGAGUUUGAGUCUGAAUGUUUGUCAUGGUGCAGCACAAAAACACGUAGAGUUUGUGUCGCAAGUUUUAUCAUCGCUCUCACAGCUGGAAACGCUUAGCAUUAGUGUGGAUAAAGACAGUCCCGGUCUGUGGGAGGCUCUCUUUGGUCUGAAUAUCAAGAGCCUGAAAUUGAGUGGUAGGUGGUUUGGAGUUUUGAUAGUGAAUAAUGUUGAGUCGUUGUCGAAUUCUCUAUCAUCGCUCACACAGCUUGAGACACUAAGGAUUAUAGUACGAAAAGACACUCCCGGUCUUUGGGAGGCGCUUAGUGGUCUUAAUAUCAAGAAUCUUUGUGUCAGUGAUGAGUGGAAUGGUUGCGAGUGAAUAAUGAAUCACAGUCUCUGCCAUCUCUCACACAGCACAACUGACAAUGCUUAGUAUAAGUGUGUCGAUAGACAGUCAGGAUCUGCAGGAGUCUGUCCGUGGUCUGAAUAUCAAGAGUCUGAGUCUGGGUAGUAAGUGGAACAGUUUGAGAGUGAAUCACGAUGAGUCGUUGCUGCAGUCUCUAUGAUCGCUCAUACCGAUGGAAACGCUAACAAUAUAUUUAUAAUAUGUCUUUUAACGGAUAUCUAAAUCAUUGACUUUUUUAUCUUUACUGUUAUCAAUUACAUUAAUCGGAAUUGUGAGACCUAUUCAACACGAUGUCUGAAUUCAUUCAGAAAGUUGAAAGUAGGUUGGAAUUCGGUUUUUCUCCUUUCAAUUAAAAUAAGUAUACCCCACUGAAAGAAUACACUGAUAUCCAACAGUUACUGGAAAAACUGAUUAUGUGUGAAUAUGUGUGUGCUGUUAAUGACCCUGACAGCGUUGAUAGAAAGGAGUAAAACGAUUUCUUUCGUAACAUUUAUCUGGACGCCAUCAAUCGAAUUUCAAUGUGACUUCAGAAUAUACCAGCUUUGAGUUCAUGAAUCAAUGCAUGCGGUUUUCAUGACGAUGAUGAUAUAGACGCAUGCAUUACGAGUAUAGGAAACACCUGUCGAUAUUGUGUAAAUAACACGAAAACAGGAACAGCUCAAAUACUUUAAGUCGCCGGAUGAAAUUGUUUAUGUCAAACAUUGCAUUACGAAGUAUUAAUAUUUUAUCAGUGUUAAAAUUCAACGUGUUAGGUAUCAUAUCUCUUCUUUGAUUACAUGAUCUAAGUCUGAUUUAUUGUUUGUCUAACAGGCUAGUAAAUGAUAACUAUUUGUGUUAUGUAUUCCACUAAUGAUUUUAAGAAAUGCAUUUUAGUAAUAAACGUAAUACUUACAAAAUCAUCACAAUUCAUUCUUAAAUAGUAAACUGAAAUGACAUCGUAGUCAUUUAUAUAAAUCAAAGAACAAUAUGACUUCACGUUUGCUGCUUUAGCACGAGUAAUAUGUUGCAAACACAAAUAUCUAAACAAAAUAAUUCAUUAUUUCUAUAGUUUACUUUUUUAAUGUUAGUUAAAGAGGAAUCAGACUGCGCGUCAUAUUAGAAUUCAUCAUUUACUCAGUACUAAUAUGUUUUUAUUGGCUUUAUAAAAACAGCGUGUUGGGCUCGUUGUCAUUAUAUAUGCCAAUAUGUGUUACAUAUAGAAUACGAACCGUUGGUUAAGUUUAAAUUCUUCAUUAACUUAUACAUGUAUGUGUUAUUUUGGUUAUAGAAAUCAAAUUGCGUGUCGUGUAAGAGCUCACCAUAUACUAUAAUGUGUUACUUGACUAUAUGUCAAUCAAACUGCGUUAAAGAACGCAUUAUAUAUUAUUAUGUGUUAAAUGGCUAUAUCAAUCCCACCCUGUGUCCACUUUGAUAUUUAUAAUAUAUAAGAAUGCUUGUAUUGGCUUUUGAAAUCAAAUCGUAUGUCAUGUUACAAUUCAUUUAAUACUACCAAGCGUUCGUUUGGAUAUAGAAUUAACCGCGUGUCGUGUUAGACAUCAUCGUACAGCGCCAUGUAUUAAUUGUGCUAUUGAAAUAAAGCGUGUUAUGUUAGAACUCAUCAUUUAAAACAUGUUCAUUUGGCUAUAGAUAUCAAACUGCAUGUCACGUAAGACUUUAUCAUAAAGCAUUAUGUGUAAAGUGUGGGUUUAAAACACUAAAUGCUUUGGAUUGACCAAUCGAGACAGGUGCUCACAGCUCUGUUCACGGUUUUUGCUGGUUGUCUUUGUGAUCGUCUUAUAAAUUACAUGUGUCACAUCGUUCAACAAAUGGUUCAUAGCAAAUUAACAAAUGAGACAUGCUAUAUGUUUCUAUCUGCUGAUGAACACUGUGCUUAUUCUAUAAUGAAAUAAAUGUUCUUCUUCCUGAUUUGUAUGAUUAUUACGAUAAAUCAAUAAAAUAAAAUUAUUGCA